CACAUCUUGAACCAUUCGAAUCAGGAGUAUGUUAAUGUAAGAGAAGAAGCUUCACUGAGAUUCAUUCUAAGCCUUACAGUUAAAGCAUCGUUGCUUUAGUUUCUACGAUUGACCUUGUUUAUUGAUUGUUUGUUGAGCUACAUAGAGCUGGUUGUUACAAAUUCAACUGGGGAACAUGGACAAGGCUGUCGUUCAGACCAAGCUUGCAAGAGUGAGAGCGGUUGUUGGCAGAACCGGUUCUCAGGGUCAAUGUACACAGGUCCGUGUGGAAUUUCUGGAUGAUACUAAUAGAACAAUCAUAAGAAACGUGAAAGGCCCUAUUCGAGAAGGCGAUAUUUUAACCUUGUUGGAAACUGAAAGAGAAGCCAGAAGGUUACGUUAAUGUAUUCCAAAUAAAAGGUCGUUGUAAAACUACCAGCUUUUCAUUCAUAAUCACAACAUAUUUUUCCACGAAAUGUAACCAAUUCAGACGCAAGCCCGCUUUUUCUGUACUUAAGAACCUACUCAUAAGUAAUGGACGGAAUAUAAAUUUCAUAUGCCAACAGUUUGAACUCCAUGCUGAAAUUUUCAGUCAUAGAAGAACCUAUGAACGCAAACCCCCUAUUUUGGUGAAAUUGCGUGGUUCAAUUUUCUCAGAACAUGGAGUUUGGGGAAGUUGACAACAACCUGAAACCGUAAACCACCAUGACAAUAGUAAUUGUUAUUUGAUGUUUAGUUACACUGCGGACAAACCAUUUGUCGAUUGUAAUAGUAACUGUCGACAGUGGAUCUUUCUCUACGGAUUAAAAAGCUUCGGCAACUGGAAUAUUUCCUAAUGCCAAAUAAGUAUUUUCUCAGCAGCGUCCUGAGGUAUGCCUAACAUCAAUUGCAGACAGAUCCUUGGUUUAGUAUUUAAUUCUUUGUACCUGUUUGUGUAGGUGAGUUAGAUGGUUUAUAAAUGAAUUGUAAACUCAUCGAGUUAUCGGAUAGAGGUAAACUGCAUGUAAAUAUGACUGGUCAGUACCGUAACGUUACGUAGUAAAUCAUUCGACUGAACUACAAAUCCUCACCAUUCCGAAAUCAAGUCACGUAGUGUUUCAGUCAAACUUCAUUUUACAUGAAUUCAUUGGAAUAUUCCACUAACUGAUGUAAGCACAUUUUGGAAGAUGAUUGUCAGAUAACACCGGGAUUUUCGUAUUGGAUACUUGGUAUUCAUGUUCGUUCCGUACUAAGUAACUGGAUAUUUUGCUUGUCUGGUCUUUUGAUUUGAGUAACAUAACAUCGCAUCAACGGGAAGACGUACAAAAAUGAUGGUAAGUGGAAAGGUGAUGGAACUCGGCGUAAUUUAUGACUUUCAUAGGCAACUGAACAUGCGUAAGUGAAUAGCGAAACAGACGACAUUCUUAGGUAAUAAUUACACUACGAACUUUUAGCCAAGGAAUAUCAAGAUUGGAACCAUAAGUCCGGGUCUUAAACAGGGCGCUGCGUGUCUGUUCAUUGUCUACCUUUGUCCUCAGGCUAGACUUCGGAAUGCUCACAGGUCUCUCUACUUGUGUCCGAGGAGACAGGCACUUUCGGUCCGCAUUUGCUUUUAGAAUGAAUAGCCGAGGGAGAUGGGGUAACUUCGGUUGUAUUUAUUAUUUAGUUCACAAAUGGAAUGCUAUUCUGCCUUACGCACGUAUCGUACGCAAGGUUAGGGCUCGGUUAUUAACCUGUUAGAGGUUAAGCUGUGGGAUACUGUUCAGUAUGGACGAGUUCGUAGCAUUAAUAGCCUUAGACAUUAAGCCCUCGGUAGUUUAAGAUGUUUGCUGACUGUAACACAUAUACGUGGUUUGUUGAUCUAUAAAUACGAUGCUACUUUCCUCAGUUGCAUUAUUGAAGUACGCUCUUAGAAAGCAUGCGUAAGAAUAAUCUAAGCGCGCAAUGAAUUUACACGGUCAGGAACGUCGAUCGAGAAUUUUUCCAUCCAUAUGUAAUAAGCCUGAUGUAAUUCUUGAGCUUGAAACAAAAAUAAACAUGGCGAGAUAACCAAUGACAAUUUACGAAAUUCUAAUCCAUUCCCUGAUUUCUAUUUGUUAAUAAGUCGAUACCAGGACUUUCUCACCGGCGUAUAUACGCGACCAAGUAUAGUUUAAGGGUUAGAUGCCCGCAUCAUGUGCUUUAUUUAAUCACAACUCCAACAUUUUCAGCUUAAAACAUUAUUUGCGUAAAAUUCUCACAAAAGAAGUAUACGUCAACUGUUAUGAAGACUCGUUUGCGACCCACUCCUUGAUGCAAAAAGAAAACAGGGAUGUAGAACUGUCAAUACAACACUACAAUAAUAGCUGGAUGUACAACUUAUAAAGCAUAAACCGUUGUAAAGCCAGUGCAUUUGUACUCAUAUUUUACCGUAUGCGAAUAUCCUGCCUAGUUGUCAUUACUGAAAGAUCGACAUAAAUUUCUAAUUAUGGAUAAGACGAGAAGCACAUCCAUUAUUACCUUUAACAGGUGUUACAUUAGAGCUCAGUUAAGAGAUCUGCAUCAUCAGGUUUCCAUAAAUAAAUCGACUUUAUUAUAGGUUUGCCACAAGCUCUUAUGAAAUGACUUGGUUCUGUUAACUGCAGAGUAAGUUCGGUUAACAGACUAGUGAUAUAUUAUAACAAUCAGAAAUCAGCCAGAUGAGAAGUGUGUAUCAUUGGCAAAGAAAUCCCAUUCACUUCCUAGCAAUGAGGCACACACGUAGACGGUUGUGAUCAUGUAUAAGAAGAAUGGGCAUCAGUACCCGACUCCACAAAAAACAACAACCAAUUUCCAUGGGACAUUCCUUUGUUACACAAUAAUUGCUGCAUAUCAUAUUCAGACAGAUACUAUAUUCCUUUACUCUAUAAGUCAGCUAGCUAAUAGGCGAGAUUCGAUCAGCGUAUCACCUACCUGACAUAGAAACUCUCUGAUACACAUGAGUAACAAUCUUUGCGAAAUGCUUGUCGAACCAGUGAUUUUACACAAAGCUCUAUCAAGUAAAUAAAUUUAUUACCAAAUAUUUGAUAGAUAAAAAUCAUUAGGAUUGGUGUCGAGAGCUUUGAAUAUCUUCUCAAUAAAAUACUGAAAAAAUUAAUACGACGAACAUUGUUAUAACUGUGACUGCAGAUUGGAGAGCAGCGUAUUAUCGACCGGACCAAAGACGCGUAAAACACGUGAGAACAACCUAGAGUCCUGCUUUCAUGUCUAGCCCAGCCAGUUUAGUCCAGAACGCAAGUCUCAGCCUCUGAGAUAUGAAUUGUUACAUUUCAUACAUACAUACUCUGUUUAUAUACCAAUCAAGCAGACCACAUCGUACCAUAAAAUAGAAAAUAACAUCUGUACAAUAUUUGGCCAACAGGAAAAUAACACGUGAAAUAAGUAUCGACCAACAGGAAAAUGAUACCAUCUCAAGUCUAAGGAUAGCGUUAGACUUAACAGAAUAACUUUUGAGAUAUUUUUCUGAAUAUCCCAACAAACAUAUAUUCCCAACUUGCAUUGUUUAGUUACCGUUACCGUUGCUCUGUAUCUAAUACACAAUCUACUUGUAAAGACAAUCAAUAAGCAGAACUGAAUCACUUUACAUUCUAGACUGUCGCACAUUCUGUCAUGCUCAUUCCUGAAUUAUAAUUUCUCACAUUUCGAUCUGGUCAUUAGCAGUUGUAACAAAUAAUUUAGUCUUUCCAUAUAGUGAGUGAUAAUGAGUCGAGUGAGUAUGAGAUAAGCAAAUCAGUGCUAGAAUAUAUGAGAAUAUUUCAGUGAUAUAUUACCAGAAACACACACUCAUUAGUUUCUAACUGAAUCAUCAAAGAUCAGUCUUCAAAAAACGAACGCCUAAAAAGUUACGAAGUCAUUUCGCAAACAUAUCAUUAGCAAUAACUAUUUCGUUUACAAGUAAACACGAAACGAAAUGUAUACUUUCAUAUUAUACCGUCGAAGUCUUAGUGCAUUAAAAAUCGGAAGGGACCAUGACAGAUAUGCAAGUUGAAAAAAUGCCUUACUUCAAGAUGUAUAUAUCUUGUUUUGCAUAAUUAGCUAAACUGUUGGUAACUCCAGUUAGGACAAAACUAAAAUGAUAUACGACAGUAGCCUCUACAAAUCUGUUCACCAAGUAAAUAUUAACUGACAUUAAUUUUCGGAGUCGAACUAAUAGUUGUCUGAUCGCAAUAGACUCGGCAGUAUAAUACAAUUUUAUUUUUUGCACCCAUAUAUAUUUGGUGUUUACAGUGGCAACUGACUUUGCCAACUACAGCAAUACGGUCUGAAUAUCUUAAAGUUUAACUAUGCGACAAGUUAUAGUCUAUUACGACGACCGCAGUCAUCUCACCACAGAUAUAUAUACAGUAUUGGUAAUAUCUGUCGUUAAUACAAUAACUUCUAAAGAUUACUGAAAAUAACACAAAACUGGUUUGUACUGCAUGAACUUCAACUGACCCUGACAACACCUAUUGCACUGAUAAAAACAAUUUUCAUACUCAUUACAAAUUGAAAAUAUUAGAAUAUAUUACACUGUAUUCAGAACAAAUUAUUAUUAACUUAUAUGUAUGUCUCUUUAUUCUUAUAAAGCAGAAAAGUAAAAUAUCAAAUCGUCAAGUUGGGAUGAGUUGAUGAUCAAUAAAAUAUAAGCAGGAGGUUUUGC